AUGGUUGAUGAUGACUAUGAUGACUUCAGUACCACACCACCACACAAUGUAAGGGGUAAACAGCAACAACGGUGUGCCAUAUCUGAUUCACUUCCUCAUAAGAAACACAGACUGGUUUCAGUUACAGAUUCUACUGUUAGGAAACAAUCAGCCCGGAACGAACCACUCACAACAUCGAAGGACGCUUCGACAUCAAGGCAUCGUGAUGUCCAAACAACCACCAAAACUGAUGAGGUGAAACUGCUCAGACAAGAGUUUCAAGCUUUUAAGAACGAUGUAUCUGCUCAGUUUACUGAGCUUAACAAGUCCAUAGAUGAUAUUCGCAAAUGCAUCGAUGACAACUUCAAAAGGGUUGUUGAGGCAAUAAAGGGAAAUCAAACCUCAGAAAAGGAACUCACAAUAAUAUAUAUUAUUGGAAAAAAUAUGAAGUUGGCAGGCACAAUGUUAACUGGCGAUGUUUCUGGUGUUGGAAUGCGUCGAAGUACACAACGUGGGGAUACUUUAAAGGCUUCAACUGAAGAGAUUCAAGGUAGCGGUGAAACACCCCUGAAGCCAACACAUCCACAGGGCGAGGUAGUCAUUGUGCAUACACAUGUGCCGGUUCCGGCUGUGCAACAAGGUGGGGUAAAUGAUAAUGCAGAAUUUAGUGCAUCAGAGCAAAUGGUAGCAGAGUUGCUAAUCCAGUGUCCUCUUGACACUGUGAUUCCACUUGGUCCCCCUGCAAUACAAGUUAAUGAUCAAGCUGAUCCCUACAUGUUUAAGACCCCUCAGAGCAGCAAAGUUGAGAACGUUGUACCAAAUUCUCAAUGGUUAAUUCCUGAUGAUGAAUUACCCAGCCAACUUGGAGUACAACAAACAACGGGACAAGGUUCAACUGCUGAAAUAGCACAACCUUCAAUCGAAAAUACUAAACGCCGAAUGAUUGUCCACCCAAGCAUUGUGCGAGAUAGGAAACCCAGCAAAUACACUGUGUCCGAUUUCAUGCCAAAUUACAGCUCAGCAGGAUCUUCUGCAAGGUCUUCUGUCCCUAUCAAAUUUGAAAAGAAGCACCCCUUUGUAGAACAUCCAAUCAAUGCCCCUGUGGACAUGACGUAUUUUCAAGAAUAUGAAAAUUGUCUCAAGAAGGAUCUGUUAUUAAGGCAUGAUAAAAAAAGAGACAAGGAAAACCACUAUAGAAAAAACAAGGAAUUAGUGGAUCCUGAAGACGCCGAUAUGUCACUCAAGUUAGGCGUCACACUUGUUAAAGACAAAAACUGGUUCUACUUGUUAUCAAUGGAAGGGAAACUUUGGAAUGAUGAGCAUCUUGAUGUUAUUUUUUAUUACCUCCGUAAGAAAGGCAAAUAUGAAGAUAACAUCACAUAUAAAUAUACCACCGUCAGCUGUAUACUACAUACCAUAAUCACCGAGAUUUACCAUGCUUGGAAAAAUCCGGAAUCAUCCACAAGUGUUGCUAGCAAGGAAUCUGAUGUAUGUGAGUACAUAAAUGGGUACAGGUUGAUGGGUAAUGUACCAUGGCAUACAGUUGACAACGUAUUAAUCCCUGUCAAUGUGAAAGAGGAAAAUCACUGA